AUGGAUGGAUUGGCUCUUGUUCUUGUUCCUGUUGCCUGCGCCGGGCCCUGGCGGGACGAGCCGGCUCCCACUGGUUCCUGGUUGAAACUGGAGGCGUCCUGGGGUGUUGAGCAGUCACUUUUCGUGGAUUGUGACGGGACCGAAGUCGUCGUGGGCCGGGACUCGGGAGAAGCACCAAGCGACGGGCGUCGGCUCUUCGCUCUGCGUCGUGCAUGCUGUGACGCCUCAUCUGCGGCUCGGAGAGACGCCGUGCGCCGCGACGACGGAGCGUGCGACGCGUGCGCAGAGCACGUCAGGCGCCAGUCUCCAACGUCUGGCUGCGUCGACUCGACGAACAAGACGAGACGACUGCAUCGCCGCCAGGACACCGCGCCGUCAGCCAGCCGACUCGUGGCGAGCUCGUCCUCGGCCACGACAACAGCCGCUGCCCUCGAGGGCCGCGACGCAUCGGCCGUCCGUGUUCGUUGCCAGUUCCGAAGCCGCCUGCGUCCUCGAGGCAGACAGACACUCGGACUGCCCGUGAAGUGGCUGACCAUGACUGCUUCCCGCCCAGGAGACGGACGAGACGCCCGGACUGCCCGUGAACUGACUGGCGAUGGCUGCUCCUCGUCCAGGAACCGAACGACGAUGGCGCGUCCGUCCUGGCCGUCGGCCGCGUGCAUAAAGAUGCCAGCAUCGGCCCGCGGUCUGAGGAACCCGUCUCUCUCCUCGCCGCCAUACCUCCCCACGGCCCGUGUCCAUCUUUCUCUUCGCAAACGACUUUCGUCUCCGACGCUCGAGAACUCUGCCCCUCGGCGUGCUCGCUUCCCGCAGUCUCGAACCGCACGACUAGUCUACCACCUACGUGCCGGCCUACCUGCGCCCGAAUAUCAUCAGGCUUGUACCACAGACAGAUGUUCUACCGCAACGACAAAGAUGCCGCAGGGUGUCGCCACCAUAGGGACAUGCUCCUUUUGCAAAGAUGAUUGGAAAAUGGAGAGCUUGACGGGUAGGGCGCCUGACUAUGUGUGCGAUAGAUGCUUUAAAGAAGCGCAGAGGCCCCUGAUCCCCGAAUCAAAGGAAGAAAGGGACGAAAGGAGGGGACGAGCGGCCGACUUUGAAGAAAAGCGCCAGAAGGCAUUGGAAGAAUUUAGGGGCGUGGACGCCGCAGUUGACGAAGCGGCAAAGGAGACCGCCAUCUCGGACGACAAACUCGACGGCGUAAGAGACGACAUGAAGAAGCUCCAAGACCUGAUGGCCAGCGCCCGCCCCUGGAAAAUACGUCGUCUAUAUGUGCCCCCGCCCCGGCCCCCGACCCCGUAG